UGAAUAUGUUUGUAUACCAAUUAAAUCUUAGAAUCAUCUUAAUUUCUAGUUGGAGAUGAAUUUUGGUACGACGAUAAGGUUACUCUUUUACGAUCGAAAUUAUGAAAAGGAGAAUAUACUAACAUCCCCAUUGUCGGAUGCAUGUCCUUAUUUUAACCCACAUUGUUGCUUGUAGCCUAAUUAAGAACUCCAAGUUGGUUGAGUGGCAUGAAGUGUAUGUUUCAUUGUGUUCUAUACACUUCAUCUUCUUCUUCUUCUUCUUCUUCUUCUUCUUUUUCUGUAUUUAAAUACUACUUUAUUUGCAUACUUUAAUAGACUUGUAUAGAUAAUUCCAAUGAUGAUAGUGAAAAGAAGAUUAAAGAUGGCCUUUAGAAACACAAGUGGGGAAGAAAAAAAAAAUGGGGCAUCUAAUUCAAGAGUGCAUAUGAAGAAUGCAUCACCCUUUUGUUUUUUUCUUCCUCGGAUAAUAUUUUAUAUUUUUAUAUAUUAUAUUAAUCAUGGAAAAUGGCAUCUACUUGAAGAGUGCAUCUCAAGACUACUACAUCACCUUUUUAAUUUUAAUUAUUAUCCAUAUUAUUGAUAACUAUGAUUGUCUAUUGUGCAUAUAAUAAUAUGCUGAGACAAAUAAUAUAAUUUAUAUAUGAAGUAAUACUUUUUUUUUGAAAAAAAAAAUUACAUAGAUUUUUUAAUUUUAUUUAGUCUUUUUAAAAUAUUUUUUUAAUUGGAAGUAAAAGGCACAACCAUAUUUGUAACUAACUCCACUAAACCCCUCUCUCUCUCUCUCUCUCUCUCUCGACAUAUCUCUUUCCACAACUCUUCCUGUCCUUGACGCAUUCUCUCUCUAGAGAGCUCUCUUCCUCCCCCUCCUCUUCUCUCUCUUCCUACACCUCACCUGUCCUUUGACACAUUCUCUCUCUUAGAUAGAUCUCUCUGCCUCCUCUUCUCUCUCUUUCUAUUCAUCUCUCUCUUCCUACACCUCUCCUCUUCCUUUCCUUGACACAUUGAUUCUCUAUCUCUUACACUGUACCUCUCACUCUCUCUCUCUCUCUCUCUUCCCUUCCUCUCCUUGACACACAGCUACUCUCUCUAUCUCUGUUCCUUUGCGCUUUGUGCUCGGCACUGCCACAAUGAUUCCUUCCUCAGCUUCAUCUUCCUCGGGUUCUCGGAAGAAGAUGAUGAAGCGUGGCCCAAAAGCCCAACCGGGGACCAAGUGGCGGACCGCGGCGCAGGAGCGGGUAUACGGCCGACGCCUCCUCGAGGCUCUCCGUGCCACUGCCGAACUCGGGCCGCGCGCCGUCAAGGAGGCCGCGGACUCCGCCCUCGCGUUCACCGCCCGCGGCCGGUCCCGGUGGAGCCGCGCCAUCCUCCUCAGCCCCCGCCGCAGGGCGCGCCUCCUCCUCAGGACCGGCAGCAAGAUCCGCCGCGGCCGCAGGCGGGCGAGGGCCGCGGAAGCGGUGGAGAGGGUGAGGGGCCGGCUGCGGGUGCUUCGGCGACUGGUGCCUGGGUGCCGGACGCUGUCGGCUGGGAGCCUUCUGGAGGAAGCGGCCGACUACGUGGCGGCGCUGGAGAUGCAAGUGAAGGCGAUGAGGGCGCUCGCGGAUGCGCUCUCCCCGGCGCCAGCGGCGGCGGAGCCUGGAAGCCGAGGAGGUGUUUGAUGGGGUCUCCUUUCUUGUGUGAUACGAUGGAACGACAAUAAUUAACGUAUAGGAUUGAUGUGAAGACGAUUGGUGGGAAUGUGGUGUAACGCUUGUAGAAUCUCGAUGGUCGUAGACGCCCCUUCCGGCAACGACACAAAUCUUGAUGCAACACCGGCUUUGAUGAUUUGCUA